AUGGAGCAUUGUAAUGCUGCCAAUACACCAGCUGAAGCAAGGUUACAACUGUCUAAAACUAAUGAUGAGCAGAAUGUGGAUCCCACACAUUAUAGAAGAUUGAUUGGAUUAUUACAUUACUCGUGCAAUAUGCGACGAGAUUUGGUAUUUAGUGUUGGUAUUGCGAGUAGAUUCAUGGAGAGAUCGAAGGUGUCUCACUUGGCAGCAGUUAAGAGGAUCCUAAGAUACGUCAAAAGAACUCUUGGCUGUGGAAUUCUCUUUCCCACAACAGAUAUGGGCAGAAAAUGCAAUUUUCUCGGUUAUAUUGAUUCCAGUUGGUGCAGAGAUAAAUAUGAUCGAAAGUCUAAGGCUGGUUAUAUCUUUAUGUUCGGAGGAGUACCAAUCUCUUGUUGUUCUAAAAAGGAAUCGGAGGCUACACCUUCUUCUUGUGAGGCCGAGUAUAUUGCAUCGUUAUGUGUGUGUUAA